AUGAGGAACUCUACAUAUAACUGUUCUCUUCCUUUCCAUUUUAUAAGUGAUGACAUAUUUUGUUUUUUAAAAGAUGGAUAUUUAUGUUUUAUGAAUUUAAUAAACAAUGAAAAAAAAUAUCUUUAUAUUACUUGUUCAGAAGAUGAAUAUUAUGUGCCACAAUAUUAUUUUAAUGAAAUAAAAAAUAAAUAUGAAAAAAAAGAAGAAAGUGGUAAUACAGAUAUGACAAUAGAUAUAAGAUUAAUACAAAAUGAAAACCAUAAAACUGUUAAUGAGACAUGCUACAUAAAAACUUUUGUUACAAAUAAAAUAUAUCAUAAUUUAUUUUUAAUUAUAAAUAAACAUGAACAUAAUAUUUUAUGUUCCUUAUCUUUUGAAAAUAAUAAUUUCCAAGUUCUUAACACUAAUUUUAUUAAAACGCUAAAAGGAGAAAUAAAAUCUAUGACAUGUAUGAAUAAUAAUAUUUUUGUCUUGAUAAAAAAAAAAAUAAAAAAUAAAAAUAAAAUUAUAAAUAAAAAAAAAUACAUAAAUAAAAAAAAAUACAUAAAUAUAAAUAAUAAUAUAAAUAUAAAUAUAAAUAAUCAAAUCAAAAGUAAAAUAUUAAAUCAAAGUGACCUGACAUGUAAACAAACACUUGAUCAAGUACUUCUUCCAGUGAAGGGAGAGAAUAAUGUUAAUGUUAUAUGUGAAGCCAAGAAGGAAAAAAAAAAAAAAAAAGCAGACAAAAAAAUUGAGAAAAAAAAGGGGCACCUGGAAAUAAAAGAUAUCAAUGAAGAAGUAAAUGAAGAAAUAAAUGAAGAAAUAAAUGAACAUAUAAAUGAAAAAAUAAAUGAACAUACCAGUAAACAUACCAGUAAACAUACCAAUAAACAUACCAAUAAAUAUAUCAGUGAAGAAAAAGAAAAUUAUAAUACGCCCUUAAAUAAUCAUGAGAACAUACAAUAUUACAUUUAUAUUUAUUCCAUAUUAAAAAAAAAAGAACCAGAUUUAAAAAAAAUACACAUUUCAAAUAUAACCUUAUCAUUAAAAAAAAUGAUAAUAUGUCCAUAUGAUGAAAAUAUAAUAAUAUUGUUAUCACAUAAAAGUAUUGUAUAUAUUAUUAUGAAUAAAAAAAAUGUUGAUUUAAAAAAUUUAUUUAUUAUAAAAGAACUUUAUUUUAAUAGUCCUAUUAUUACUACAACAUGGAUAGAUAAUUAUAUAUUUUUAAUUUAUUUUUUAAACAAUGAAUUAAUAUUUUUAAAUUUUGAAAACCCUUGUAGAAACGUAUAUUAUUAUAAAUGCAUUAAUAAUUAUUCAAGUAUUACAUCUUUUUUUUAUAAAUCAAAAAAUUUGUAUAUAUCAUUUAAGACAAGAGAAAUCAUAUGUUUUAAAAUUCGUUAUUCUGAAAUUCCGUUGGCUGUUUUUAAAAAGAUACACACCACUGAAGGUAAUUAUAUAGAUGCAAAAUAUUUAUUCAGAAAAAGACAUAAAUAUAUAUACAUAAAAAAAAAUGAUCAGAGAAAUAUAAAAGAUGAUGAACAAGGAAAUGUUGAUAUACAUACAAAUGAUGACUUCCUUAUGGAUUAUAAUAAUAAUAAUAAGAAGAAUAAGAAGAAUAAAUUUUUUGAUAUUAAUAAAAGGAAAAGAAAAAAUGAUACGAAUAACUAUGAAAUAACUUUAGAUAAUAUAUUAAGAGAAAUAAAAACGUUAGAAAAUAAAUUAUCAAACAAUGAUUAUAGUAUAUUUUAUGAAGAGAGUGAUAUAAAAAAAGAUGAAUUAAAAAAUAUGUUAAGUGCAAGAAGUUUAAGUGUUUAUAAUAAAUAUUUUCAUUUGAAUCUUAUAGGUGAUAAUAAUAAUAAGAAGAGGAUCAAACAAGAUAAUACAAAUAAUGUGGAUCACAAUCAAUAUGAUUGUUGUGAAAAAGAAAAUGUAUAUAUAAAUCCUUAUAUAGAAAAAAAAAGAAUUUAUAAUAGUGAUGAUGAUAAUAUAUUAUUUUCUCUCUUGAAUUUUUUAAAAAAAAAGAAAAAGAAAAAAUUUAAUUAUUUCAAUUAUGAUGAUGAGAAUGUUAUAAAUUUAUUAGAGUUUGUUUCUAUAAUAAAUUUACAUAAAUAUAUUUUAAAUAAUAUAAAUUGUUUUUAUAUAAUAUCUAAAUAUUUAUUUAUUUUAUUAGAUAAUGGUUUAUUAUAUUAUACUAUAAAAAAUGAUGAUGAGAAAAUAUAUGAUUUUUUAGAAUUAUCUAAUUUUUAUAUAUGUUAUUAUAAGAAUAUAAAUAAAAUAAUAGAUAUAAAAAUAAUAAAUGAACAUGAUAUAUAUUAUAUGGAUAAGAAACAUAUAAUAAAAAAUUAUUCUUUCAAAAAUAAUAAUUUAAAUAUUAUAAAUACAAACAAAAAAAUUGAAUCAUUUAAUAUAUUUUCUAUGUUAGAUAAUUGCACAUGUAUAUUUUUAUCAUUAAAUGAUGGAUCUUUUUAUUUUAUAAAUAUUACAAGACAGAAAAUUCUAUUAUAUGAUAAGUUACAGAAUUUUAGUUAUUUAAGACAUGAACAAAUAGAUUAUAAUUUAAAAAAAAAAAAAAAUUUAUAUAUACAAUAUAGUUUUUUUAAUAAAUUAAAUGAAUAUAUGUUCAAUGGUUAUUUUUAUGUAUACAAAUAUUUCAUAUUAUUCUUUUUAAUAUAUUCUACAUCUCAUAAAAAAUUCUUUAUUUAUCUAUUACAAAAUAUAGAUAUGUAUAUUUUAUUUAAACAAAUACAUCAUACAAAUAUUCUAUCUUCAAAUAAUAUAAAAAAUAAAUAUAACAUCAAUAUGAUAAGACAGAACAAAUCUUCUAAUUAUAUCUUAUAUAAUUUUUCUUUAUAUAAAACUUUAAAUAACGAUUAUAUGUGUUUACUAUGUUCAGAUAUAUGUGUGUCUUAUUUUUAUGUGUUCUUUUUUGACCUCCCCAGAGACGAGGAAAUUAAAAUGUAUAUCUCACUCAAAGAGAACAACAAAAAAAAAAAAAAGAGCAACAAAAACAAUAACAAUAAUAAUGAUAAUAAUAAAAACCACAUUAACAAUAAUAUUAAUGAUAAUAAUAAAAACCACAUUAACAAUAAUAUUAAUGAUAAUAAUAAAAACCACAUUAAUUAUAAUAAAAGUCAUAAAAAUUUUAAGCAGAAUCAAAAUAAUGAAAUACCAAUUUUCCAAGAUGAUUAUGAUAAAUCCUAUCCUUUAUAUAAAAGAAAUAUUUUUUUCUAUAAAAUCAAAAAUAAAAAUAUUGUUUAUUCUAAGUGGAAUAUUCAUUUUUAUUAUAUUAAAGAUAUUUUUAAUAAUAUGUCCUCUAAUGAGGCCCCUUGUGAUUUUUUUAUUCCACAUAAAUGCGAAGAACGUUUUGUUUAUAAAAUGAAGAAAAAAAAAGAAAAACAAAAAUAUACAUGUAACAUAAAAGAAGAGGGUGGAUUAAAAAUAAAUAAUUCAAUACAUCAUAAUGUGCAACAUAUAAUGCAACGAUUUUUUUUUUUAAAAAGAAAAAAAUUAAAAAAUGCAAUCGAAUUUAAUGAUAAUAUAAUAAAAGAGGAAAAACAUGAAGGGAGUAUAAAUGAGGGUAUUAAGUCUAAGGAAGAAGAAGAAAAAAAUAAUAAAAAAAAAAAUAAUACCCGACAUAAUAAUAUUAAUAAUAAUAAUAAUAAUAAUAAUAUUAAUAAUAAUAAUAAUGAUGAUGAUGUAUUUAUUUGUAGGUCUUUAUUUGAAUUGCUAGUUGAUAAAAAGAAAUCAUUUAUUUUGAAAAUUAAGAAUGGAGAAUUAAAAUAUAUAAAUGAAAGAAUACAUACAUCAGAACUAACAUUUAUAGAUAUUAUAACAUCAAAUAAUAUAUUCAUUUGUAUAUCCUUUAAUUCUGUUGAUUAUCCUCUUAAAAUAAACUCAUAUAUAAAUAUUAAAUAUAUUCCUUAUAUAAAUAAUAAUAUACAAUAUUAUUAUCCUUUGAUCAUCACAAGUAAUAAUAAACUUGGAAAUAAUAAUAUGUAUGAUUUAUUUUUGAUCAGAAAAAAAAAUUUCCUUCUUUUAAGAAAUAAUUUAAAAGAAGAUGAACAAAAUAACAAACAAGAGGAGAGUAAUCAUACUAUAUUACACAGGUCUACGUUAAUAAAAAGUGAACAAAAAAAUGAAACAUAUAAUAUACAAUGUGUUGAAGAAAAUAUAAUUAAUGUUACAACCAGUUUUAAGAAACAUAUCUCUUUUCAUCUUUCAAAGUGGAUAAUAGAAAAUAAUGACACAACGAAUUAUAUAAAUGAUACUUUGAUAAAAAAUAUGAAUAUUGUAUUUUUUAAAAUAAAAAAUAAUUUAUCAAAAAAUUAUAAAGAUAAAAAGAAAAGAACCUUCUUUGAAGAUGUUAUAUAUAUGGACAAAAAAAAUAUAGAACAUAUAGAAAAUAUAGAAAAUAUAGAACAUAUAGAACAUAUAGAAAAUAAUAAAGUGAAAUACAAUAUAGAUAUAAAUAAUAUUGACAUGAAUAAGAACCCAACGACAUAUUAUGACACAUUAAAUAAUAACACAUUAUUAAAAAAUGUAGAAAGUUCAAAAUGUUUAGAACCACAAAAUAAUAAUCACAAUAUUAAUAAUAAAGAAAUAGAAUCAAAGCAUAUAUUAAAUAUAGAUAUUCAAAAUGAAGAAAAACAAUAUAUAUUUAAAGAUAAAAAUUAUAUUCCUCAUAAUAAAAAUACUAAUUAUUUUUUUGACAACGAAACAAUUAUAUUUACUUAUAUGAAAGAUAAUUGUUUAGAAAAUAUAUCUUUAAAGAAAUGCUUGGACAUAUAUCAAAAUAAAUAUUAUCUACAAGAAAUAUAUGAAAAAAGGAAAAAACACGAAAAAAAAAUUAUCCAUCUAAGAAAACAACUUAAAGAUUUAAUAAAAACAAAUUAUAAAAAUGAAUAUAUGAAAAUAGAUAGACGUACAUUUUUUUUUGAUAAAAAAUAUAUAAAUGAAGAAGAUAUACUAGUUUAUGAAUAUAAAAAGAUAAAAAAACAAUUUAAAAAAAGAAAAAAACAAAAAUUAUAUAUUAUUAAUAAAUUACAAAAAAAAUGUUCUAUAUUAAAUAAAAUCGAUUUUUUAUGUUCAUUUAAAAAUAAUCUAUAUGUUGUAAAUUUUUAUAAUAAUCAAAAUAAAAAUAAAAAUAAAUUUCAUAAUUAUAUAUCAUAUACAUCCAACAAAUCAAAUCAUUUAUCUAAUUCAAAAAUUAAUUUAUCAUCUUAUAAUUUAUGUGUAUCUCUUUAUGCAGACAAAAUAAAAUGUUUACGAUUUUUACAAAUAAAAGAAUUUUUUUUUUUACACAACAUAGAUAAGAACAAUACAUUAUUUUAUCUCAAAGAUUACAGUGAUUAUAUUGAUAGAUAUCUUCAAGACUUCUCUUCUCUUUAUUUUCAUCAUUAUAAUCCAUGUACUUAUAUUAAUUUAAAUUUUCUAUAUGCAAACUUAUUUAAUGUAAAUCCUUUACAAGGAGAUCUAGAUGACUUAAGAUGGAACUAUCUCCUUUAUACUCCAUAUGAAAUUUUUACAAACUCUAGGAAGAGGCUCCAGUGUUAUAUUUUAAAAAUAUUAAUAGAUCAGAAAAAAAAAAAGUUUCAAAAUGAUUUUGAAAAUCUAAAAGAAGAAAAAGACCAUUGCCUCAAGGAAAUUAAUUUCUUAAUAAAUAAACUUAAAACAUCCUUACAAGACGUAGAAAAAUAUAUGAACUACAAUUUUUCUUAUUAUAUGAAUAUGAAAUUAUUUAUAAAAAAUCAUCCAUGGUCUGACAAACAGGGAACAUACAAUAUGCCAGACGCUAUAAAAAAAGACCUUUUAUUAAAAAUACAAUUAAACAAAUUAAACAUUCAAACAAAAAAAGAUAUAAAUGAAGAAAAAGAAAAUAUUCAUGUCAAUACAUGUACACAAUAUUGUAAUUUGAAGCACGACAUGGACAAAUCUCCAUCCACUAAUAUGUUUCAAAAUGAAGAAACGAUAAAAAUCACAAACCCCAAUCUUAAUAAAGAACGUUUAGAAAUUUAUGAAAUGAAAAAAAACGUUAUCAUAAAUAAAUUAAUGGACAUAAAAAAUUACAUAUUUCAAAUAAAUGAAAAAUGUGAAGAAUUUAACAAAAAAUUGAAAAUAUUACAUAAGCAAAAACGUAACAUGCACAAACUUAUAAUCAUACAUGAAUUAUAUUGUAUAUCUAUAUAUUCUCUUUUAAUAAAUGAAGAAAAUAAAUCUGAAAUAUUAAGAGCAGUUAAUAUAAAAAGAGAAAAAAUAGAAACCUUAAUGAAACAAUUGGAAGGCUUCAUUAAAGAAAUAAACACAACAAAGAAUAAAGAUGCCAUGCUACAAGAAAAGAAAAAACUCCUAAAAGAAAAAUAUGACAACGCCAUAAAAUUAAAUAAUUUAAUGACAGAAAAAAAAAAAAAAUUCGAAAAGAAAUUCUUACAUGAAUGUAUGAAUUUUGACGUUUUGAUAGAACAAAAAUAUGAAAAUGUCAUAGGUUUUUAUUAUAAUUCCAAUAAGAAUAUUUUUUUAAAAAAAAAAAUCAUCCAAAAACACGUGCAAGAAGCUAAUCAAAUAAUCCAAGAAAUUUUUGAAUUGAGAAAAAAUAUAACAAAUAUAAAAGACGAAAUUUAUAAGAACAAAAUCAAAAAUAAAUACUUGAACUUUUUAUUAAUGGAUAUAGAAGAAGGAGUCUAUGAUGUAAAGUAUCUAAAACAAAAUUGUGAAUUCUUAUUUUGUGAUAUAAAUAAUGUUAUUAGUUCUCUUGAAAAAAAAAAGAAAAAUAGAGAUUUAAUAUUUCACAUAUCUGAGCAAAAAUUGAAAGAACAAAUAAAAUACUGUGACUACAAAAACUCUUGCCAUAAACAUGAAAAUAAAAUAUUACAAGAAAAUGCGAAAAGUUUAGAAAAAGAAAUUGAAGAAUUAAAAGAAAAAAAAAGUUCUAAUAUCCAAUUAAAAACAAAAACCUUACCUUUACACAUUCAUGAUAAUAAGCAGGAUGAAAUUAAUGAGAAUAAAAUAGUAGAGGAAGAAAAAAUUGUCCUAAGUGAAAAUAUUUCUCAUACUACAAAACAAAAUAAAGAGGAAAAAAAGAAAAACAAAAAUAUCUUCACAACAAAAGAUAUAUAUGAAAAGAGUCUCCUUCUCAAAAAGAAAUAUAAAUAA